AACCUCGGAGGAGCGGGCAGACACCUCGGGUCCUGCCAAGAGAAAGGAGCAGUCUGAGGAGUGUCAACACACAGAAGAUCGAGAUGGUCCUGAGUGGGGCGCUGUGCUUCCGAAUGAAGGAUGCGGCACUGAAGGUGCUUUAUCUGCGUGAUAACCAGCUUCAAGCCGGAGCGCUGCAAGCAGGGAAGGUCAUUAAAGGUGAGGAGAUCAGCGUGGUCCCCAAUCGGUAUCUGGAUGCCAAGCUCUCUCCAGUCAUCCUGGGCGUCCAGGGUGGGAGCCAGUGCCUGUCGUGUGGGAUGGAGCAGGAACCGACUCUGAAACUAGAGCCAGUGAACAUCAUGGAGCUCUACCACAGUGCCGAGGAGGCCAAGAGAUUCACCUUCUACCGGCGGGACACGGGGCUCACCUCUAGCUUCGAGGUGGCCGCCUACCCGGGCUGGUUUCUCUGCACCAUGCCCGAAGUGGACCAGCCUCUCCGGGUCACUCAGCUCCCGAAAGACACCAGCUUGGACGGCCCCAUCACGGACUUCUACUUCCAGCAGUGUGACUAGGGCGACAUGCCCCCAGGGCUCCUGGGGCGGGCCAGCUUGGGCAGGGCCAGGAGGUGUAGGAGGAGACCCGUGGUGAUGAACCCACCUCUGCUCUCAGGGCCUCCACCGUGGAGGGGCUGGGCACACGGCCACUCUUCCUCCACCUGUUUCCCAGGUUGGGUAAAUCCUUCUGAGAUUUGGGGCUUAGUCCACAGUUUUCUUUUCUGCUGAAUGGCACUACUGAUGUGAAACCUUGCAGAAAGGUAAACCCCUAAAAUAAACCCCUAAGGGGUCAGGGGCAGGGGCAGGGGAGCGGUGGGAAUCCUUCAUGCUUUGUGGUAACGUACAGGUAACAAUCCCGUGCUUUGACCUGGAUUGGUCACAGUUUUCUGAGAUUCCAAGAGGUGGGAUCCAGCCUCCAAGGGGUCUCCUGGGCUGGUGGAAUACUGUUCCCCACAAUUCAUGUCCUUCUGGGAACCUCAGACUGUGAUCUUUGUCAACUGAAAAAAGAUGUACAACCUUAAGUUGAGAGUUAUGUUUUAUUUUCUGGGCAUUCUGAGGGCUUCAAGCCUGGAAGACAGCCUCUCAGAUAACUCUAAGGGACUGCUCCAAAGAGGCAAGCGGGAAGCCGGGAUAUAUAGGAGUUUUUGCAACAAAGACCAGGUAUUCGGAACAUCAAAGAUGAUUGUUAAUUUAAGACAGUCAGACAUCUCAAGUUAAGGAAUUCCGCGCUUUUCUAUGUAUGGGAAGAUGCAAGAUUCUGGGCUCACUGGAAUCUUUCCUUUGAUAGGCACCUCAGCUAUCUGGGGCCAGUAUCCUGUGUUUUCUCAUCCGGGGUUUCCUCAGGAUGCACUGUGGUGGGUGGCUGCAGCUAUGGGCACUCUGUUUCCAUCCUGAGUUCCCUCAGACCUCACCAUUGGGGGAAGCUGUAAUGUGAUGGCUCGAUGGUUGCCACAUCCUUUGUUUACUGAAAUGGCAGGCAAUAUUUUUCAUUCACACCUUGUUUGGAGGUAGGGUCUUUGUAGAUGCAAUUAGUUAAGAGGUCAUGCUGUAUGAGGGUGAACCCUAAGUCCAGCAGGACUUCUGUCCUUGUAAGAAGAAAGAAACCCAGAGAAGGAGGCCAUGAGAAGAUGGAGGCUGAGGAGAGUGCCACCAGGCAAGGUGUGCCAGUGAUUGGGGCACCAUCAGAAGCGAGGAGGCAGGUUCUUCCGCAGAGCCUUCGGAGGGAGCUCGGGAGCCUUCGAAUCUCCUGAACUGCGCGAGAAUAAAUUUCUGUGGUUUGAAGCCACCAAGUUUGUGGUAAUUGGUUAGGGCAGCCCCAAGGAAUGAAGACAGCAGCCAAUGAUCCCCAUCUCUUGGUAUUCACACCCCCUGUGUGCCCCCGCCCACACGGGACCAGAGUUGUCUCCAUGACCGAUAGAAUGCCGCAGAAGUGAUGUUAUGCCGCUUCUGAGAUUAGGUAAUAAAAGACACUGUGGCUUCUA